AUGAAGAGUAGUUCCGAGAUUCUUAAUCAAAUUACUGUAUGCUAAACCAAUACUGAAUUAUAAAAACCUACUUUAGUGAAUUUAGCUCAAAGUGCAUUCGUGAGUUCACCUUUAUAAACAAAUAUUCUCUCUCGAUCUCUGCCUAUUACUCCAAACAAUGGAGAUCAGCAAGUUGAUUUAAUUCUAGAAAUAGGUUUACCUAAAGUAUUUACAAGAGGAAUGACUAAGUAUUGAUUUUAUAAAAAAAUAAUAUAGAAAUGAUUACUUGACAACAGCUAAUGGUAAAAAAACAAAUUAAGAAAUCUUCUGCAAUAACUGUUAAAGAAUUAAUAUGAGUAGACUUGAAACUGAAUAUGGAAUAGGGGCUAUCCAAGUUACCUGUUUACUAAUUUUCCUAUUUUGGCCCCUGUGUUGGUUGCCUUGUGUUCUAAAAUCGUGUAAAGACAUUAUCCAUUACUGUCCAUUUUGUAAUUAAAUUGUGGGAAGAACUCCAUUUACAUUCUGUUGA